AUGGCUCCUUCUCCAGAUGAACCAGUGAUCAUAGUAGGUGGCGGUCUUGCUGGACUGUCGGCCGCAAUAGAAGCGCUUGACCACCGCGUGAAGGUGAUUAUUAUCGAUAGCGAAAAAAAUCUUGGUGGAAAUUCGGCUAAAGCCAGCAGUGGAAUCAAUGGCUGUGGGACCACCACCCAGGAAAAAAUGGGAAUCAAAGAUUCUCGGGAUAUUUUUUACAUGGACACUAUGAAUGCUGGUGAUCGUGAAAAUGAUGAGGCAUUGGUGGAUAUACUUGUCGAACAAUCCUUAGCGGCUAUCGACUUCUUAAUGGGUCUUGGCGUUAAUCUUAGCGAUGUAAACCUUUGUGGUGGACACAGUGUGCCUCGAACACAUUGGAUUCCAUCUCCGAAAGAGGGGCGACCGACUCCGGUUGGGAUGGGCAUCAUAAACGCCUUAAAGCAGCGUAUAACUGAGGUAACAAAGUCUAGACCUGAUGACGUCACUGUUAUGACGAACACUCGUGUAGUCGGGCUCACGUCAUGGAAUGCUUAUGUGAAUGGUGUGAAUGUGGUAGAAGAUGGAAAAAGAAAGGAAAUCAAUGGGAAGGCUGUGAUAUUGACCACUGGAGGCUUUAGCGCUGAUAGAAAUGAAGAUGCCAGUUUACUGCACGAAUUUGCCAGCGACAAGCUGCGUUUCCCAACCACAAAUGGUGCUUUUGCCAGAGGAGAUGGUGUAAAGAUGGCUCGUGCAAUGGGUGCUCAAGUUGUUGGUAUGGAUCGUGUCCAGAUCCAUCCAACAGCAUUUGUUGAUCCUGCUGAUCCAUCAGCCGGCACGAAAUUCCUUGCUGCUGAAGCGCUUCGUGGUAAAGGUGCUAUUCUUGGAGGGUCAGCAGGCUUGCCCGCUGCAUUCAUGGUCUUGAACGAAGAAGCCGCUGAUUCAUUCGGACGACCUGCGUUCAAUUUUUAUGCAAAUUUUAAGAAAUUGUUCACUAAGUACAACACAGCAAAAGAAUUCGCUGAACUAGGCGGCAUUCCUUUUGAUACCUUAAAAAACACUUUGCUAGAAUACAACAAGUACGUCAAAGGCGAUUCAGGUCUUCUGGCCGCCGGAGAAGUGACUGGCGGUGUGCACGGCGCUAACCGUCUCGCAGGAAAUUCUCUACUUGAAUGCGUAGUGUUUGGAAGAAUUGCUGGUCGAACAGCUGCUGGUAUCAACUAUACUCAUGAAGAGCUGUGA